CCGACAGACGGACAGAGGACCAGACAGACGCUAAGGCGCGCCCACUGUCCCCCGCCGGGCCCCCGCCCCGAACUCCAGCCCCAGCGCCCGCUGCUGCCCCCCGAUACAGCAUGAUGCGCGCUCCUGGCGACGAGACACGGGCGACCACUGUCCCCCGGCCCCCGAGCCCUGGCCCCUAGCGCCCAGCGCUCCUGCCCUACACCAGGGAGGGCCGCGGAGACCCCAGCCUCGGUUGGCGCGGGAACCCUGCGGGUGGGGCCUGCCCAGCCCAGCCUGGCGCGCCGGCCCACCAUGCUCCUCCUGUCGCCGCGCAGCGCGCUGGUCUCCGUCUAUUGCCCGCAGAUCUUUCUCCUUCUGUCCAGCGGCAGCUACCUAGCACUGUCAUCAGUGGUAGCCCUAGGAGCCAACAUCAUCUGCAACAAGAUUCCUGGCCUGGCCCCACGGCAGCGUGCCAUCUGCCAGAGCCGCCCCGAUGCCAUCAUUGUGAUCGGGGAGGGGGCGCAGAUGGGCAUCGAUGAGUGCCAGCACCAGUUCCGAUUCGGCCGCUGGAACUGCUCCGCCCUGGGCGAGAAGACCGUCUUCGGGCAAGAACUCCGAGUAGGGAGUCGUGAGGCGGCCUUCACCUACGCCAUCACCGCGGCAGGCGUGGCACACGCCGUCACCGCUGCCUGCAGCCAGGGCAACCUGAGCAACUGUGGCUGUGACCGGGAGAAGCAAGGUUAUUACAACCAGGCAGAAGGCUGGAAGUGGGGAGGCUGCUCUGCGGAUGUGCGCUAUGGCAUCGACUUUUCCCGGCGCUUCGUGGACGCUCGAGAGAUCAAGAAGAACGCCAGGCGCCUCAUGAACCUUCACAACAACGAGGCAGGCAGAAAGGUUCUGGAGGACCGCAUGAAGCUGGAAUGUAAGUGCCACGGUGUGUCAGGCUCCUGCACCACCAAAACCUGCUGGACCACGCUGCCCAAGUUCCGUGAGGUGGGCCACCUGCUCAAAGAGAAGUACAACGCGGCUGUGCAGGUGGAGGUGGUGCGCGCCAGCCGCCUGCGCCAGCCCACCUUCCUGCGCAUCAAGCAGCUGCGCAGCUACCAGAAGCCCAUGGAGACGGACCUGGUGUACAUCGAGAAGUCGCCCAACUACUGCGAAGAGGACGCGGCCACGGGCAGCGUGGGCACACAGGGCCGCCUGUGCAACCGCACCUCGCCCGGUGCUGACGGCUGUGACACCAUGUGCUGCGGCCGGGGCUACAACACGCACCAGUAUACCAAGGUGUGGCAGUGCAACUGCAAAUUCCACUGGUGCUGCUUCGUCAAGUGCAACACGUGCAGCGAGCGCACCGAGGUCUUCACCUGCAAGUGAGGCAACGGCGCAGGCGCACACGGCACCUGCCUGCCCUGCAGCCCUUGCCAUUUUGCACAUCCUUCUUUGCUUCCGGAGCUGCCGGCUGCGGGCACAGGGGGGUGGAGGUGGGGGUGGGGAGCUCAGAUACUCCAGGCUCCUUCCUGCUGGCUCUGUCCCGGCCAGAGGCACAGCUGUGCCCUGACUCGCCCAGCAUCCAAGGCCAAUGCAAUGGUCUGGUACCCAAUGGAGACGAACUCCUUUACUUCUCUUCGGGAACGUGAACCUCAAAGCGACCGUGAGACUCUGAGGGUCACCUCCCUGUCUGGUGGCUGGACACAGAAAGGUCACACCCACCAGUCACACUCAAAACUGUUUCCUGGGCUCUGUUCUGCCGGCCCCUGGCAGUAUGGACGGAUGUUGACAAAAUUAUUUAUGUUCUUUUUUUUUUUUUUUUUAGCAUCAGAUGAGGACUCAGUACUAACGACCGGGUAGCCAGACCUAACCCUAUUUCAGGUUGCCCCGCCUCUAUCUCCUUUUCCUCACUUCUCCUGGCCCCUUGCAGGACCCAGGGAAGUCGGAGUUGUCACGGAGGCUGGCUAGUGGGGUGACUCCUCAGUAGCACCCUGGGAGGGACUUGGUAGACCCACAAGGCCUGAGAUGGCCUUAGAGGACAGCCCAUCUUCCAUUCCACGUGGAAACUGUCACACAGAUCAGUUGUGGCUUGUGUUAGGGUCCGGGCAUGCCUCUUCCCCUCCUGGUCCUUCACCCCCUCCCAGCCCUCUGCCAGCCUCCACCUCCAGUUUACAAAUCCCUUUCUUCUCUGGAACCAACCUGACUCCCAGGACUGCCCCCAAAGGUUCAGGAGAGGUCAGGGACGGUUGCUCCAUGUGACAGAUGGACACAGGGCAAUCUGAAGAUUUGCUGGAAGGCCCAGGCUCUGUGAACUAUACCGCCACAGCCCGAAGCAGCCCAAACUCUGGAAGUAGCCAGGGUGGUGGGGAGGCUUUAUCCCCUUCUCAGUGCCUUGGGGUUUGUCCUUCUACCCUGACCCUGAUGCCAGAGAAUUGGCAUCCAGAAUUUAAGGCUGUAUCUGCCAGGCUGCCUGGCUACUGUCCACGGACACCUGCUUGAGGCUCCUCAUAUCCCGAGGACAUGGGACCCUCAAGCAGGGGUCUGUGGGAGGCUUGCUGUCCUGUUUCCUCAUGACCUUCCAGAUGGGGACAAAGAACUCAGGCCCGGGGUAUAUCCCACCCUCUCCUCCACAAUACACGACAGGGGUAAGGAACUACCUGGGUCGGUAACACCACCACCCACAGCCUUCCCCACACUACGGCGUUUCAUAGCAGAAGUCCACGGGAAUGCGGGGUUUGGUGGCCACCAAGCCAGGUGGCCUGGACAUUGACCUGGGGAAAGUGAUCCCUGUUUACCCUUGCCUUGCACCCAGCUGUGUGUCCCUAUCAUGUCAGGAUGUUACAAGCCUCUGGACCACUGGCGAUGUCCCACCCUGGUUCUGGCCCCAUCUCCUCACCCCCAAGUCCUGGGAUGCCCAAACCUAUAGCCCAGUGUCCCCUGUAAGGAGCCUGGUUAACUUAUAUUGUUAUAUAGUGUCCCCGUCUGUCGUGUCUCUUAAGUUAUUGUGACCUACACUGGGUACCGGAGGGGAUGGGGGAUGGCUUCAUUUGCUCUCCCCCAAGCCAGGCUCCUCCUUCUGCUUGAAACAGACCCUCGGGGGCCCUUGAUGCCACCGAGGCAAUUCGCACUGUCCCUGGGCUGCCGGGCACCUGCGCCUGCACUCGGUCAGCGGCAGACCUUGCCUUGGGGGAAGAGAGGUGGUUAGUGGACCCAGGCAGGGCACUGGCUGUCCCAAUGCUGUGUGCUGGGGUGGAGGUGGCCGGGUACCACAUGUCCUUGAAGUGCCCUACUUCUGAUGGGCUGUGUUCUGCCUCCUCUGGAGGGGAGCACUUGGCCCCAAUAAAAGCUGGAAUCA